CUUUAUACUCAAAUACGUACACGUACGUACUUUCGUUUUCUUUAAAAGGUCACCAAAGAUGGAGGCAGACAUUAUUGGAGCAUUCACACAGAGACAUCUCUGUACGGGGACUAUGACCAGAGCUUUUGGCCCGAUCAGCGUAUAAUAAAGGGGUAAAUCCAGAGAGGCUGUUGCACGGAAAUGUGAUGAGGCUACGAUGGGUUCCUCUCCAAUAUAAAGAUGUAUAUUGCCCUGGAAUUGCCCUGAAUUUAAUUAUUAUAAGAAAAGAAAUCAAGAAAAAAAUCAAAGAAAUACAAAAUAAAUGUUAAAAAUGUGUAAAACAUUUUAAAAUGACUGCUUGUUUUGCUCAAGCAAUAAGCUACGACAUUAAAAAUCUACAGUAUACAGAAUCAUACAGUGAAAUGGCAGAUGGAUUUUCUGUAAUGGUUAACAGUGUGACAGCAUUACUCAGUCAAGAGGAGUGUAGGACACUGCAGUACCUGUGUACAGAUUUGUUCAACAACAGCUGUGUGGAGGAUUUGAGAGGAGCUCUACUGGAUUUUGCUAAACGGAAUCAGACAUGCCAGCCCCAGGCAGGUGAUGCAUUACUGAUGGAGUUAAUGUUUCGACUCAAGCGCUUUGAUAUCUUGAAGAAAGUCCUUGGUACAAACAGACAACAGGUAGAAGUUAUUCUACAGAAGGGAAGCGUCCUCUCAGAUUACAGGGUUCUGAUGGCAGAUGUAAGUGACAACCUGGCAGAAGAGGAUUUACAAACUCUUAAAUUUCUCCUGAACAGUACGCUACCCAAAGAAAGAGUGAAAAAAGAUACUAGUUUUCUUGAUGUGGUGGUGGAAUUGGAGAAGUUGGAUGAAGUUUCUUGUGAUAAACUAGACCUGGUCGAAAAUUUAUUCAGAAACAUUCGCAGAAUGGACCUGGUCAAAAGAAUACAGGCCUACCAGAAUAAAGGUCAGAAUGUACCCUGUGCAGCGCCUAAAGUUCCAAAGCAAAACUGCUCCAGAUAUGUGUGCCGUCAGUUUGCUCCUAAUCCAGUGAGACAACCCCAAUGUUUUGCUCUAAAGAUCAAAAAUUUGAAGCUUUCAGUGCCUGAAACAGGGACACAACAUGAACAGACUGGAGUGGAGGAGUAUCAAAUGAAUCCUGAGAGGAAGGGUGUGUGUGUCCUCAUUGACUGUGUUGGCUGUGAUGGAGAAUUGUUGAAUCAAACAUUCAAAAGUCUGGGUUUCAUGGUCAUCUUCCACUCUCAUCUGUGUCCGAAAGAAACCCAGAAGGUCCUGGAAGACCUGGCCCGCCACAGGCAUCUCCAGGGGGUCAGCAGUUUCAUCUGCUGCCUCAUUAGCAGGGGAACGGAUAUUCGCCUGCUAGCCAAUGACACCCACCGCCCUGGCAUCAAGCUGGAGGAUCUCAAACAGAUUUUCAACCCAGUCCAAUGUCCCAUGCUGAGCGGCAAACCCAAACUCUUCUUCACCCAGAUCUACCAGACUUCAGAGGUCAUGUAUGAUGAAUGCCUUGAGACGGAUGGGCCGUUGUCUUGCUACGCUGAGAAUGCUCAAGGAAUUCCAGUGUCUGCAGAUGUGCUUUGGAACAUUUGCAUAACAGAGGAGAAGCUUCUUGAGUGUUCUGGCCACCGUUCUGUUUAUCUGCAGGCAUUACGCUCUGCUCUACUGAGAGGACAUGAGAGGAGGAUGCAUAUAUUGGACGUUAUGACAGAGGUGAACAAAGUCGUGUAUAAUCACAAUCAGGAGAAUCCUGGGAAAACGUAUAAGCCUCAACUUUCACACACACUACGCAAGAAACUUUACAUUUAACUUCCUUUAUUUCUAUCACAGAUCUGUCCAUGUCAUUGAUAUAUAAGCUAAACACAGCUGAAUACUGCCAUAUUAACAGACAUUUGAAUAUUUAUUAUAUUAUUGUACUUAUUUAUUGGGGCUGCUUUAUGAAAUAUUUUUAUGUGUAUUCAAGUAACGUAGGACAUUUCUCAAUUUUAUGACUGAUUAUGAAGAUAUGUGAAUAACCGUGGGUCAUACACUCUCUUUUGUAAAUUUAUUCAAAUGGUUUUAUUAUUUGUAUUUUAUACAAUACAUUUGUUAGCUUAUAGGUAGCUAAAAAAAAUUGGCCGCUAUUAAGUUGCUUAAUACAGUCACUUGUACAAAUGCCCAUGAGUAUUUCUAAUGCAAAUUGCUUUUGUUAAGUUGCUUAUAUAUAGUAUUUAUUUUUUCUUCAAACAAUAUGCAUAAGUAUGAAUUCAUAUAAUAACACAGAAAACUAAAUAUCUGAUGUGUUGACUUCAUUAUUGAAUGUUUAGUUUAUUUAAAAAAUUGAGAAGAUGAAUUACUUUUUGAAUAUUAUGGAGAGCAUUCACUGAAUUCAUUUAAUCUUGAGAGUAAAGCACGUCCAGCCAUA